AUGGAUAUUGAAAUUCUCUAUAGCAGUGAUGCAGAUGUGGCCAUCAGUAUUAAAGGAAUCAAUGCAGGAAUUAAAGACCUUCAGAUUCGUGGUACAAUUCGUGUGGUAUUUAAACCCCUCAUGAAUGUGAUGCCUCUGUUUGGUGGUCUGAAUGUUUUCUUCUUAAACAGCCCAGUGAUUGAUUUCAACUUAACAAGUUUAGCCAAUGCCUUGGAUAUUCCGGGUCUCAGUGAGAUGUUACGUACCAUUGUCCAGGAACAGGUUUCUGCUAUUAUGGUUCUUCCAAAUCGAAUCUCUGUAGCCCUGGCUAAUAAUGUUGAUGCUAACAGACUGCGGUAUCCCAUUCCAAAAGGAGUAUUGAGGAUCUACAUGCUUGGUGCCAAUGAUUUGAUAAAAGCUGAUUUUGGGGUGCUGAAGAAGUCCAAAUCUGACCCUUAUGCUGUCAUCAGAAUUGGUGCUCAAAAAUUCAAAACAAAAGUUGAAGCUAAUACUGUCACUCCAAACUGGAAUGAAGCAUUUGAGGCAAUUAUUGAUGAAAAAAGUGGGCAGUUUAUGGAUAUUGAAGUAUUUGAUGAAGAUCCUGGUAGUAAAGAUGAUGACCUUGGAAAUGUCAGUCUUGAACUAGAACCUGUUUCAAAAAAAGGAAUGAUAGAUUCUUGGCUGCCUUUGGAAGAUGUGAAGAAAGGGAUGGUUCAUAUUAAACUAGUCUGGCUGAACCUUUGCAAUGAUAUCUUGGAGCUUGACCGACUUUUAUCAACUGAUGAAUCUCUGAGGCAGAUAGACGGAGACACCGAAUAUUCUGAGAGUUUGUCUUCUUGUCUAUUAAUGGUCUGUGUGGAUGCAGCCAAGUGUCUGUCUAAAUCCAAGAAAAGCCUCUCUGAACCCAACCCUUAUGUGGAAUUAACUGUUGGCCAAAAGAAAGAAAGGACAACUGUCAAGCUAAGUUCCACAGAUCCAAAGUGGGAAGAAAAUUUCAGGUUUUUGGUGCAUGACCCCCAUUUUCAGGAAAUUUAUUAUGUGGUAUAUGACAAGAUUACAGGCAAAUCCCUUGGUGAAGGGUCUGUGCCACUGAAAAAUCUUCUCAGUGCUACCAACAUGACAAUGGACCGAAAAUUUGAUCUGAAAGGAGGAGAAGCCACAACUAAUUCCAGGCUUCUCUUGCAACUUACUUUGAGGGUUUUGAGCAACCAACUUAAUCCAACUUGGCAAGAACCUGAGGACUUGUUUCUUCCAGAAGAUAAGAUACCCAAAGCUCCAGAAGCCACUUCCACUGCAUCUAGUAAGGCUGAAGACACAGAAAUAGAUGUGAAUAGUAUAGAGAGUGGAGUGGAUCCCAUUAAAUCUGUGGAGGAAACUCCUACCAUGGCAGCUGGGGAAAAUCGCCUAUCUACAGAUGUUGAUGAUAUGGCACCUCCUAGUCCAACCUCAGAACUUCGACAAAGAAGAUCUCUUACUCCUAGCUUGAGUAGCUCAGGGGACCAUGGCCGUGGCCGUAUUCAGCUCACAAUCCGUUACAGUACUAAAAGACAGCAAUUGGUUGUUGUGGUCCAUAAAUGCAUCAACCUUUUACCAUGUGAUGGAGACAAUUUGGCUGAUCCUUAUGUCAGAAUGUAUUUACUUCCUGAUAAAACAAGUGCUAAUAAACGAAAAACCCCCGUUGUCAAGAACAGUCUCAAUCCUGUAUUUGAUGAAACUUUUGAAUUCCCUGUUGCCCCUGGUGAACUGGCAACUCGAACUCUGGAUAUUUCCGUGAAACACAAUAAAUCUAUGUUCUCCAGUGACCGUCAGAUUAUUGGAGUGGUCUUUAUUAAACUCUAUAAUCUUGAUGUUUUCAAAGCUCUUACAGAAUGGUUCGACUUGCAGCCUGAAGACUUUGGUGAAAAGAUGUCUAUUGGCCUACCACUCAACACUUUUUACACUGCUGCACCUGCUCUUCUGGCCCUUGAUGGGUUGCCACUCAAUGCCCAGUCUGGUAUGGGAAGAAGAUACGGAUUUCUGCCUUUCCAAGGACAUUAG